UGUCCUCGAUGGUACCCAAUCAGCGCCUGGCAGAUUCUUCGAGAAGGGGCAAUGUGUCAUAUGAUUUGCCCUCGAGGACUGGCUUCUAUCCAGAUCCUUCUGUAUCCGACCCCGGGGUGUGCAGCCAGUCCACGGGCUAUCCAGGCACACAACUUCAACCUCCGAAUCCCGGGGGCCCUAUAAUCCUGGUCACCCAUUCACUUACGAAGGACAGAUUAGAAUGGAGCCACCACAUGGCCACGAGCACAGCUCAGGGCCGACUCCACGGACCGGCGCCUCAAUGGACCCUUAUGCGCCGGGUGGGGCACCACCAAUGUCACAAACCUGGCAGCCCAUGAUGUGGCGCCCACCAAUAUCGACAAACAAUACGCACGAUAUCGAGGCAGGCAUGGCGAACCCGAGCGGAAGCGGGCCUCAUGCAGGCGCAACAUGGAGCGACUGGAACACGCCCAUCCCUGGCAGCCAAGAGCACCGUUAUGGGUCGCAUUCUCUCGUGGGGAUGGGUCCGGGCCCGCGACAAGAGACGCGCCCGGACAGUGGCAUGCCGGUAGGACCUGAGAUGGAGAUGAACAUGGGUCCUGGCGUGCCUGUUACCGGAAACGAUAUGCCUUGGCCCGGAUUGAUGUACCCAGCAAGCUCGGAGCGGCAGCAGAGGCCGCAAUGACAUGAUGAAGGAGCCAUAGCAGAAGCCAAUAAUGAUGAACCCUAUUGCCGUUGACUAUCCUUUUUGAGCCCAUAAGGCUCCGAUACUAAGGCUUUCCCGC